ACCCACUUGGUUCUCUCUCACACACACCAACUCUCACAGUUACAAAUGCAUCUGCUUGCAUAUCUCUUCUAAGCCCAGUUGAUAAGUUUCCACCUUUCAUUUCUUACCACAUCCCUCCACUCUUUUUGUUUGCCUUGUGAUUAGCACUGUUUUUUGAACUUUCUCAGUUUUCUACUUCUAACACAUUCUCUCUCUCUUUUUCUCUUUCUCUCUCUCAAUCUACUUCAUUGUUACUCCAAGCAAGCACGGCAUUUAUUACAUUAUUCUAUUAUUCUAUAUAAGAGAGUAUCACAGGCAUCAGAAAACAAAGGAAUAUAUUUCUGGGGUGAUACUAUUCCGGGGUCUUGUUCUGCAUCUUCUUGGGGCAUUACAUUUAUUGCUAUUCUCUCGUUACUAUCAAUUACCUUAGGGAAUGUUGGUCACUCUCAUUGAGGCCUAAUGUAAGAAGGAAAAAGAAUCACCAAUAUUCUGGAUUAUUGCUCAGCUUUGAUGAUGGAGAGGCUUCAAGGACCCAUCAAUUCUUGUUUUUUUGGUGAACAUUUGGAAGUGAAUUGUUUAGAGCAGGCUUUGGUUGAAGCAGAAAGCUUGAGACUUGAAGAGGAACAACAUCUUCUCAUUUCAACUUUAGAGGAUAACAUGCCAUUUCUGCAGAUGCUUCAGAGUGUAGAGUAUCAUCCACAACAGUUUUUCCCUCUGAAAGAACCAAGCUUCCAAACACUUCUGAGGCUGCAACACCUGAAGAAACCAUGGGAACUUGAGAAUCAAACUCAAGCUCAAGCAGCAUUUGAACAACUUGAGAGCUGUGUGACACAUGACAUGUUAGAGAUGCAGUCACCUGUGAAAUCAGAAAGCAACUACGAGCUUCAACAACAACAACACACACAUUCAGCUUCAUGUGUUGAAAAACUCAGCUAUGAGUGUAACCAGGAAGAACCACUCAAAACAGAACAGUCAUGCCUCAAAUCUCAGCAUGCAACAAGGGAAAGGAGAAAGAGGAAGAGAACAAGGUUAACUAAGAACAAGGAAGAUGUGGAGAAUCAACGCAUGACCCACAUUGCUGUUGAACGCAACCGGAGACGCCAGAUGAAUGACCAUCUCAGUGUUCUAAGGUCCCUCAUGCCCCCUUCAUAUAUUCAAAGGGGUGACCAAGCUUCAAUUAUUGGAGGUGCAAUAGAUUUUGUGAAGGAGUUGGAGCAGUUGGUUCAAUCUCUUGAAUCACAGAAAAGGAUGAGAAAAAAUGAAGAGGCUUGUUCUUCUUCAUCUGUGUUUUCUAAGCCACCAUCAGAUUCAUCUCCAUCACAUGGUUUUGGAAUGAGGUCAUCAUCAUCCACAGAAGGAGAUGAGGUGAAAGCAGAGAAUAAGUCAGAAUCUGCAGACAUAAAAGUGACCUUGAUUCAAUCCCAUGUGAACUUGAAAAUUGAGUGUGAAAGGAAGCCUGGGCAAUUGAUAAAGGUGAUUGUUGCUUUGGAGGAUCUUAGGCUAACCAUUCUGCAUCUCAACAUCACAUCUUCUGAAGCUUCUGUCAUCUACUCCCUCAAUCUCAAGAUUGAAGAAGACUGUAUGCUAGGUUCAGCAAAUGACAUUGCAGAAGCAGUUCAUCAUAUAUUAAGCAUUAUUAAUGGUAGCUAAAGGCUAAAACCUAAUAGCUUUAACCUUAGGGACUUGGUAGCAGAGGAAUAAAGGAUGAAACAUUGCAAGGAAGAUGGAGGAGUUGCUGGGGAAACAGGGAAUAGCAGAAGAUGGUGGAUGCAUCAUGUUAGGUAGCUCAGGAGUAUAGAGGGCAUAAGAUAAGACAUUUGCUGUUCAAAUAUUUUCUAAUGUUAAUCUAAUUAGAAUUUAGAAGGCUAAUAUUGUAAAAUGUGUUGGUUAUUGUUUUGUUGCUUUUGAUGAAUUGAGAAUUUGGGUUGAUGGAUGGAUAAAGGCAUGAUAUAGGGUAGUUCUAGGUCCGAAGAUGUCUGUCUCCAUGAGAAGGAGGACCCACUUUGAAAAUUUUAGGGUUCUCAUCAUUACAAUUUACAAGGACUUAUGAGGGGAAUGAUGCUUCUCUUUUUA